AUGACUUUUGUGCAACAGCUUCAAGAGGCUGGUGAAAGAUUUAAAUGUUUCAACUGUCUUUUAUGGGUUAUUUUCGGGCUUGGUGUCUUGAAAUGUACAACCUUUUCAUUAAGAUUUUUGGCUCUUCUUUUCGACCUUUUCAUCUUACCAGCAACCAGUUUCGAUAAGUACGGCGCUAAAACUGGUAAAUACUGUGUUGUUACCGGUGCUAGUGAUGGUAUUGGUAAAGAAUUCGCUAAGCAAAUGGCCAAACGCGGAUUCAACUUGGUGUUAAUUUCAAGAACUCAAUCAAAAUUGGAGGCCUUACAGAAAGAACUAGAAGACAGAUACCAUGUUGUUGUAAAGAUUUUAGCCAUUGAUAUUGCAGAAGAUUCUGAAUCCAACUAUGAAUCCAUUAAGGACUUGUGUGCGCAAUUGCCAAUUACAAUUUUGGUCAAUAAUGUUGGUCAAUCACACUCCAUCCCUGUUCCAUUUUUAGAAACAGAUGAAAAGGAGCUUAGAGACAUUAUUACUAUCAAUAACACUGCUACGUUAUUAAUCACACAAAUCAUUGUACCAAGAAUUUUGGAGACCGUGAAAACUGAAAGCAAAAAGUCAGGUACUCGCGGUUUAAUUUUAACCAUGGGUUCAUUUGGUGGUUUGAUUCCUACACCAUACUUGGCAACAUACAGUGGUUCUAAGUCCUUCUUACAAAGCUGGUCUAACUCUUUGGCUGGUGAAUUAUCUAAAGAUGGAAUCGAUGUUGAAUUGAUCAUUUCGUACUUGGUCACAAGCUCCAUGUCUAAAAUUAGAAGAUCUUCUCUAAUGAUUCCAAAUCCACAACAAUUUGUCAAAUCUACUUUGAGCAGUGUUGGAAGACGUUGUGGCUCUCAAGAUAGAUACGCUACUAUGACACCAUACUGGGCUCAUGCGGUUUAUCAAUUUGCAAUUACAGAGACGUUUGGUGUUUACUCGAAGAUUGUUAAUUCCAUUAACUGUUCUUUUCAUAAAUCUAUUAGAAUUAGGGCCUUGAAGAAAGCAGCUAGACAAGUUAAGAAAGAGUAA